AUGUUCUCCAAAGUCCUCCUCCCGGCUCUCGCAGUCGUCGGCACUGUAUCUGCUGCCACAACCGCUUCCGUUUGCUCUCAAGCAACUGCCACCAUCAGCAGUGCUGCUGAUGCCACCGCUUUGGCUGGUUGCACAACCAUCUCUGGUGACGUUGUUAUCAGUACUACCGCAUCUGGUACCAUUCAACUCGAUGGACCUGAACGUAUCGAAGGUAGCUUGAUGGUCGAGAACAACGGAGCCAUUACAUCUCUUUCAAGUACUUCUCUUACCACCAUUGAUGAUACUUUCGGCUUGAGCAAUUUGACUCUCUUGUCCACCCUCCAAUUCUCCGUCCUUGACACCAUUGGAACGAUCAACUGGGCUGCUCUUCCAGCUCUCCCAGCUCUCACUUUCACCAACGCCGUUAGCACUGCCAAAAGUGUCACCAUUACCAACACCUUCUUGAGCACCCUCGAUGGUAUCAACUUGAACACCGUUGACACCUUGAACAUCAACAACAACAACCGUCUCAAGACCUUCAGCACCCAAGUUGGAAAUGUCACGACUCUUCUCAACAUCGAUUCCAACGGAAAGAACUUGGAUGUCAGCUUCCCUAACUUGAUCUGGGCCGCCAACAUGACCUUCCGUAACGUCUCCAGUGUCAGCAUUCCAUCUUUGGCUGUUGUUAACGGAUCCCUCGGUUUCUACGAGAACUACUUCACCAGUCUCAAUGCACCAAACUUGACAUCCGUCGGUGACACUGCUAACGGACAAGGUGGAUUGGCUUUCGUUGCUAACCCAUCCCUCGCCAACAUUACCAUCCCUAUGCUCGAGACUGUUGGAGGUGCUUUCCAAAUCGCCAACAACUCUGCUCUUGAUGCUAUCAACUUCCCAGAGUUGACUCAAGUUGGAGGUGCCAUUGAUUUCUCCGGAAACUUCACUACCCCUGAAUUGCCAAAGCUUAACGACGUUAAGGGUGGUUUCAACAUGCAAUCCACUACCUCCAUCGACUGCAGUGGAUUCAAGUCUGAGCACGACAGCGGUAACAUCCAAGGUACCUACACUUGCAAGACCACCGCCAAUGCUCAAUCCGGAACCAGCUCCAGCUCCAGCUCUUCCUCAAGUGCCUCUGCCACUUCUAGCAAGGGUGCUGCUGUCUCCUACGGUGUUAACGAGGCAGUCAUGGGUGUCUCCGUCAUCGGAGGUUUAUUGAGCAUGUUGUUGUAA